AACGGAGCUGUUUCCGUAGCAACUGACAACGUAACCGUUAACAGUAGCAGUCCAACCGCUUUGCUCCUCAAUAGCUUUUAAUCUUUCAUCGUGUAUGCGUCGGAGUUGAACUUCCACUCGGUUUACUUUGCCUAUUGGCAACGUUACGUCUGCGGAACACGGAGAAGCAACAGGCCGACCAAGAAAUGGACAAUCAAAAGCAAGAGGCAGCGGCCGCCUUCAAGGCUUUCAUGCUUAAAACUAGCACCAAAAGCAACCUAAAUCUCUAUGACCACCUCGCACGUUUGCUGACCAAGGUGAUGGACGAGCGUCCGCCGAAUGCUGUUGACGUGAUCGAAGAUCUGAGCUUCCGCGUGAAAAGGGAAUUACUGCCCGACUUCCAAAGCACCUUGCGGGACUUGUCGCUGUCUACAGUCGCUCAGCUAUUGGCCGAACAGCAGCGAUUGCUUUUUUCGCGAGUAGACGAACGUGGCGAACAAGACGAAGAACUGAUUGAAAGCCCUCUUCCAAAUGUGAAUGAGAUAAGCUUCUUCCUGGAGCAGGCUGGGGUGGCCCUGGGCGGCAGAGAAGAGAUGCAGAGGAUCUUUCUUGCCCUAAAGCAGCUUGUUGAUUCCCAACCCUUGCAGCGAUGCCGGCUUUGGGGCAAGGUCAUGGGCACGGAGAGCCAUUAUAUAGUUGCUGAGGCAGAAUACAGGGAAGGUGAUGAAGAGGAGGAACAGAGUCCAGAGGAAGCACCGGAAAACGAAGAGAGGGAUGCUGAUGUGGACGACGAGAAGGAGGGUGCAGAAGAGGGCAUUGCACUACUACCACAAUCGACCUACAAACCCCCGCCGGCAGCUCCAAAAGAGGCCAAUGGCACGGGGGUCAACAAGUAUGUGUACUAUGUGUGCACGGAGCCCGGCCUACCCUGGGUCAAACUGCCCCCAGUGACCCCGGCGCAGAUCAAUGCCGCUCGCCAUAUCCGCAAAUUCUUCACCGGCCGGCUGGACGCCUUGAUCUGCAGCUACCCGCCCUUCCCCGGCCACGAGGCCAACUACCUCCGAGCUCAGAUCGCCCGGAUCUCUGCGGGCACCCAGGUCAGCCCGCAGGGCUUCUACCAGUUCAGGGAGGAGGAAGAGGAGGAGGAGCCGGACGCGCCGCGCAACAGCUACGAACAGAACCCCGACUUUGAAGGGGCGCCCAUCCCCAAAAUGGCGGAGUCCAUGUCCAACUGGGUGCACCAUGUUCAGCAUAUCCUAAAGCAGGGCCGCUGCACCUGGGUGAACCUGGCCGCCAAGCCAGAGGAGGAGCUGGAUGAGGACGGGGAGGCGGAGGAAAAGGAGGAGGAGCCUGACGAGCCCGACCCGGAGGUGGGUCCGCCCCUCCUCACACCGCUGUCCGAGGAUAAAGAAAUACGAGACACCCCCCCGUGGAGCGCCAAGAUGUCCUCUACCCUCAACCCUCAGUACGCGGUGGCCGUGCUGCGCUCCAACCUCUGGCCAGGGGCUCAUGCAUACGCCUGUGGAAAAAGGUUUGAGAACAUAUACGCGGGCUGGGGGCUCAAGUGCGCCGGGGGGUUCUACAUGCCGUCUCUACCCCCGGCGCCGCAGAGCGAGUACCCCAGCGGGCCCGAGAUCACAGAGGCCCUGGAUCCAAGCCUGGAGGAGGAGCAGACCCUCAAGGCGACCCUGGAGCUGCAGCAGGCGGCCCAAGAGGAGCUGGAGAGCCUGGAGGGAGACGAGGACGAGGACGACUGAUCGGGAGGAAGCGAAACGUCUGAGGAAAAAAAUGGUUGACGGUUUGUCGGACACAAAAAAUAUGUUUGCUACAGCAUUUUCUUUCCAGAUAAAAGAUAAGUGAGACAAAGAAGGAUGUAUCAGUGGUCAAUGCGGGGGUGCAUGGUUUAGGAACCCAGAGCAAGUUAAAAGCAGGUUUGUAUGAAAGACAAACAUACAGAUUAGUUUAAAGUAAGUGGCAUUCACACAGCAAUAACUCAUUUUAAAUAGGUUGUUGCGUUCAAUAUACCUUGUUGACCCUCCAAUGGAUGAAAGGUUUGCUCAAAGACAGUAACAAAGCAGCAAAAAUAACAGAAAUGAAACUAGUAUCCUUCCCUUUUCUGGUACACAGGAAGUGAGUCACAAACAUUUUAAAUGAAUAGACCUCACCUUCACAUUUCACAUUUAUUAUAUAUCCUGGUAUACAUAUCAUUUUCAAAUGAAGGCUUACAAAAGGCAGACAAUUCGAUCAAGCAUCCAUACAUAAACAUACCGACACACACUUAUCGACCAGACAAGUGUGUGUCAGUGAAUCUGUGACGAUUACUGUCUUAAUUUCCGCAUUUGAAAUUCCCCCAAUAGAUCAUAUCAUCUGAAGUGUUUUAGCAACUGGUCUAUUGUAGAUGAAUGGCUGGCUAUUGUUGUAGACAUUGAUGGAUACACCAGGACCAUCUCAACGUCUAGAAUGCAUUUUUGUAAAAGCGGAUGGCAUGACGCAUAAAGCUUUGAAACAUGAAUUGAUUAAACAAGUACAAACAGC